AUAUAAAGCAGGACAACGGCGGGUGAAGGACGGCUGGGAAGGCACAGCCCGGAUUUGUAAAUAAGACCGUUAAACUCUGUGUUUUAUUUACAAAAGUUAUGCCGGCUAAUUUUAAGUAUCGUACCCAGUUGUUUUAGAUCGUUUUUUCUUUUUUUUUCAAUUAUUUCUCGCUUGCUUUUCGUGUGGUUUUACACUACGCGUAAUGGCGAGCUCGGCAAACUCGAAUCCAGUGCCUAAACUGUACAGGUCUGUGAUUGAGGAUGUUAUCAACGAGGUCCGAGAGCUCUUCCUUGAUGAGGGAGUGGACGAGCAGGUUCUCAUGGAGCUCAAAACACUUUGGGAGAACAAGCUGAUGCAGAGUAAGGCAGUGGAGGGCUUCCAUACAGAGGAGCAGGCGGCCCUCCAGGCAGCGGCUCAGCAGCAGGCUCAGCAGUCCCAGCAGGUCACGCAGCAGACCCAGUCCCAACAGGUCCUCCUGCCCCAGCAGCAGCAGGUGACGAACUGGCAAUCGACCCGUCCGAACGUCACCAGCGCGCCCCAGCAGCAAGUCAUUGUGCAGGAUCCCAAAAUUCUGCAGCACAUGAGUGCAACAGGGAUGAGUGCAGCAGCCACUGCCGCCACCCUGGCCUUGCCCACUGGAGUCAGUCCCUAUCAGCAGCUCAUCACCAGCCAAGGCAAUGUGUCCCAGAAUGUUUAUCUUAAAACGGCGGACGGUCAGAUCCUGCAGGUUGUCCGAGCGGCCAACGGAGCCCAGUACAUCAUCCAGCCCCAGCAGCAGAUGGUGCUGCAGCAGCAGGUCCUCCCCCAGAUGCAGCCCGGGGGCGUGCAGGCUCCCGUCAUACAGCAGGUACGGCCCAUCACCCAGGUGCUGACUCCGCUCCAGGGAGGCCUCCCCCAGCAGACAGGAGUCAUCAUCCAGCCUCAGCAGAUUGUCCUCACUGGGAACAAAGUCCAGCAGAACACACAGGUGAUGCAGAUGGCCGGCCAGGCAGGCCAGAUGCAGCAGGUCCAACAAGUACAGCAAGUACAACAGGCCCAGGGCGGAGCUGCGCAAGGGGCCCCGCAGCAGCAGCAGCAACCUCAGGCCCAGGGCGGAGCUGCACCAGGGGCCCCGCAGCAGCAACAGGCCCAGCAGAUGACCCAGCCGCAGCCGCCCAUGAUGCUGCAGGUUGACGGAGCGGGGGACACCUCCUCAGAUGAAGAUGAGGAGGAGGAGGAAGAGGAGUACGAUGAGGAUGAAGAUGAAGACAAGGACAAAGAUGGAGGCGAGGACGGACAGGUGGAGGAGGAGCCUCUGAACAGUGAAGAUGAUGUGAGUGACGAGGAGGACCAAGAGCUGUUCGAUACAGAAAACGUGGUGGUGUGUCAGUACGACAAGAUUCACAGAAGUAAGAACAAAUGGAAAUUCCACCUGAAGGAUGGGAUAAUGAACCUGAAUGGCAGAGAUUAUGUCUUCUCCAAAGCUGUGGGGGAUGCGGAGUGGUAAAACAACACAAAGGAGGAGUCCUCAAUGGCACUCUCUUCCCUAUAUAGUGUAUUACUGUGGACCGGAGCCUGUAGGCCUUGGUAAGUAGUGUGCCUACAUGUACAUGGGGAACAGGGUGCCAUUACCAACGCAGACAGAGGAACCAAACUGAACUCUGGGACUUUCUGUCCAGUUUGAGAAAGCAAGGCAUCAACAGCUAAUUCCCAGGGAAUGACUGGAUACAUUUCAGCCCAGGGAAUGACUGGAUACAAGGACCUGUUGUGGUUUGUUG